AUGGCAGAACACCUCCAACUCUCCGUCUCCUCCCUGCAAUCCUCCCUCCAACUUCUCGACUCCUCCAUCUCCACCCUCGACGCCGGAGUCAGCGACUUUCCCCGCCUCUCCAAGGUCCUCCAAACCACCCGACACUUCGAACUCCUCCCCGAACCCACCCUCCGCGAAGCGCAGCAAUCCCUCCUCGACGAAAUCACCCCCAGCAUCGCCCACCUCCUCGAACUCGCCACCAACCACGUCGAGAAGCUCUCGCGGCGCGAGCAGGGGCUCCGCGCGAAGUGCGACCUGCAGCAGGGGCGGCUGUACUCCAAUGAGGAGCGGCAGCAGCAGAAGCGACAGCUGGCCAACAAACCCAACCCCAAACCCAGAGCCGGUGCUGCGGCGGCGGCAGCCAGCAAGGCGGCCAAGGCGGCCGAGCUCCGGCGACUGAUUCAGAAGAAAGAGCGUCUGCAGUACGCGGUGGAGCGACUGGAGUUGCAGGGGAAGCAGCGGGAACGGCAGCUGCGGAAGAGUAUGGCUUUCCAGUGA